AGGACGCUGCGACUACAAGGCUGGGGCCUUCACCUUGGGCGAUCUUUACAAGGAGAUCGCCUAUGCGGAGGCCGUGGCGGUGGUACCCAUGAAGGGCUCGAAGCUGGCCGAGGCGGUGAAGUUCUCUCGGAGCAAGGAGGGCGAGAAGCCGGGCUUUUUGCACUUGGAUGUGGGAUCCUUCGCGAACGAGAAGCACGAGUUGGUUGAAGUGAACAAGAAGCCCUUCGAUGCCAAUAAGGUCUACAAGGUGGCCUUGCAGCGCGCCUUGCUGCAGGGGAUGAACGAGAUCACACCUUUGCAGGAGUUUGCCAAGGAGAACGGUGUGCCCGACGAGGAGACUUGCAGCUGGAUGAAGGAAGUCAUCGUCACCGUGUGCAUGAAGGACAUGUGGCGGCAGAUCCUGAGCUUGCCUCCCUGGGAUCCGAGCGGCACCAUGACGGCGGAUCAAGUGAGGGAGGCCAUGCGAGACACCUUCAAGAAGAUGGACAAGGACAAGAGUGGAAGCAUCGACAUUCAGGAGAUCGAGGAGUUCCUGAAGGAACGCCUACCUCAAUUUGGCUCCGGCGCGCUCGCGCUGCAACUGUUCAAGAUGGCCGACAAGGACGGCAGUGGCAGCGUGGAGUUGUCGGAGCUGGUGAAUUUUGUGCACUGAACAAUGUGGGUCUUCGGAUGAGGUCGCUGAAGGCGAUCAGGAGUGUGGUUUCUAGUGAAUCUGAGCGUUUGGCACCCGGAAUUUCUCGAUUGCACAAAGUAAGAUGGGAACUGAUGUUGGAGCAUAUACUUUGCAACUGGACCAUUUCCAUCCUUGGGCGCGAUCUUCGCAUCGGCCUUCGUCUCAUCCAGAAUACCUGACCUCGGGUCUUUCCGCGGGGCGGCGAGAGUGAAAGCGCCGUCACGCUUCAAAGCGUGGCGACGCGCCCUCCCUGCGACCUGUGAAGUGUCGACCGAAAGACACUCCCCAACGCCCAACGGAGGAAAGAGGGCUUGAGAGAGACCGAAGCAGUUUUCACCUCAAGUGGAAGCUUUGACUUAAUUACGGGGCGCC